AUGCUAAAUACAGAUUGGACAGAGAUAGAGGUAAUCGAAUUGAUAGUUGAUAAUGCAACACAUCUUGGAUUUGGUAUGUGUGGAAGUAAGAGCACCGGUGUAAUCGUUAGAUGCAUUACACCUGGUGGAGCAGCUGAACUGGACGGUCGUCUUCGACUUGGUGACCAUAUUGUCUGCAUUCAUGAUCAUAAUGUUCGAAGUUAUGGACCAGAUCAAGUGGCUACAGUUCUACGCCAAACUAUAUCAAAUUGUCUAUCUGAAGUUGUAUUAAAACAAGAUUCUUUGCAGACGGAUGAAACAUCCACAAAAACUAUGAAUAAAAAAUCUUCGCUUAUCAGAACGCAGCCAUUAACAAACAGAACUUCAUCAACUUUUACUAAUACUAUUAAUAUACGAUCGGAAAAAUAUACUUUAUCCCCAAGCCAAAUAGAUUCAAAUCAAAUUGAGUCUAAUGAAAUUCACGAGAUCAAUCACAAAUUAAUGAGCGACCCAAUAGUUUUAAUUCGAAUGAUUGUAGCUCGUCCAGCUAAUGGUAAUCCUGUUGAUUUGAAUGAUAUCAGUUUAAAACAACAAGCUGUUUGUCAUCAACAUGGUGUUCUUGGAAUGCUGACGAUUAUACCAACACAUCAAAUAGAUCAAUAUAUAGAUGUAUUACUACACAAGAAACUUCCACUCGUUGAUUUGUACAGUCUAUACAAAACAGAUCUAUUGAACAUCGAAAACAAUACUAAUAUUUAUAAAAAAAUAAAUUCAAAUGAGGUUGAGUGUUCUGAAUUAUCAAAGCCAAUCGACUAUAAUAGAAGUGAGCUGAUAGAAAUGAAUAAAAUGAUUGAAUCUUCUCCAACUUCAUCGAAACAACAAGAACAGUAUGAUCUUGAUUUUCAGCAGUUUCGAGAGAUGAAACCGUGCUCGACACUUCAGGUUAUAACAAGUCCUCGAAAUUGCUCAGAAUCAGGUAGUGAAGAGGUUCACAAUAAUCUACCAAGUCGAGUUAUUGAAAAUGAUCGCUUAGAUAAUAAAUAUAAUGAAAAUUUAAAAAUCGAUUGCAACACAAUAUUGAAUUAUCAAAACUACUCCACUGAUCAUUCUAUCUCAUCUACUUUCAAUGAAUAUGUUCUUGAAAAUAUAAGUCAACAAGGCUUAUCAAUUCAUGUUAAUAAUGAACAAGAAAAUGGCGAUGAAGAGGCAGAAGAAACUGAAAUUCACACUGUACAAUUAACAAAAUCAAAGGAUCAAGGCUUAGGUCUAAGUGUAGUUGGAUAUAUUUAUAAAAAUCCAUAUAAUAAAAAUGCAUACAAUAAAGGAAUUUUUGUACAAAAGAUCACUCCCAACAGUAUAUCGGAUAAAUCAAAAUCAAUUCAAGUAAAUGAUCAAAUAAUACAAGUAAAUGAAAUAUCUCUAAGUGGUCUAGAUAACAUAAAGGCCAUUUCAGUUUUGAAGAAGUCUGAUGCAAGUAUCACACUAAAAUUGAAACGCUACCUUUGUGGUUUCCUUUGUAAAGAACUAAAAAAAGCGGGUUCUUUCCAAAUAAGCAAUAAUGAACCACAAAAUCCAUUGGUAAAUCAUGAUGAAAUUUCAGACUCUGAUCUAAAUUCAGAUCAACCAUACUCAGUAGACAAUAAUGUAUUGAAGUAUAAUGUAAUCAACAGUGAAGCGAGUGAUUCAUCAAAUCAAUCAGCGGUUAGUAUAUUGUAUCAACACGAGAAUUAUCCAUUAAAUAAUACUAAUUUUGACCAAUCAAAUACAUUACACAUGGAAUUAACAGAAGGAUUUAUCGAUUCAUCAUGUACGUGUUUACAUGGUUAUGAAAGUAUAUUUUCAGAAGAAAAGGAAUUUAAGGAAAUGGUGUCACCACUGGCGAAUAAUAAAAAUAAUCAUGAUCAAUUAAGUCCAGUGGCUUUUUCUGACCAAUUAUUAAUCAAUAAAAAUUGUAAAUUAUUAAACCCAGCAAAUGUUAACUUAGUUGAUAACAUAGAAUCAUUUGAACAACAAACACCCGUAACAAUGAUGGCAACCACAAUAAUAAAUAAACAGGAAUAUCAAGAUGUGAGUACCGAUCAAAAAGGUGAAGAAUUCACCAAACGUAUCUGUGGUGUUGGAAAUAAUGGGAUGUUGGUAAUCAGUAGGUUCACGCCUAAUUUUGGCAUUGAAACUACAUCUAAACCGGAAACGAGCAAAAAUACAUCCAGAAAUAUCAGUGAUGUUUUGAUUCAGAUCAAUAAUAAUAAUACUAAUAAUAAUAAUACAGCCAUCGGAUCUAAAGAAAUAAUUGAUCAAAAUCGUCUUGGGAAAACGGAUCACAUCAAUUCAUCAAAUGAGGAACAAAUUAAAAUAAGUAUGCAUAUCAAGAAGAGACUUCGCCGCUACAUAAGUAACAUUAUAAGCUUUACUAAUUCCCACACUCGAAACACGCUUCGUGAUCGAUCUGCUGAUUUUUAUGCAAAUGAAGUUACAGAUGAAUUGGUUGAUCUCAUGCGUAAAGUUUGGCUUCCGAUUGUUGGUCCUGGUUAUGAAAUCAUAGUUUUACAUAUUCAUAAAUCUCGCGGAACAUCAAAUUUGGGCAUAAGCAUUGAAGGUGUGACCUAUGUGGCAGAACCAGAUUUCGAUCAUGAAAAUUUAUCACCUACAACGGUUACAACUAAUAGUCAAAUUGAAGAUAAAUCUAAUUCAAGUAGUAAACUGUUACCAAAUGGUAUGGCAAGAUCUGCUCAUUCAAAUGAUAUCAAGUAUAGUGAUAUGCCAUCACGCCAUUUCGUCCAAUAUAUUGUACCUGAUGGUCUGGUCGGUAGUUUGGGUGUUGUGCAAAAGGGUGAUGAGUUACUUCAGGCUAAUGGUCAUCGUAUACAUGGUACAACGCAUACUAGUACUCUUCGUUAUUUGCGCAAUUUACCAUCACGCAUUGAAUUAGUCUUUGCUCGUAAAAAGUCUACAUAUGAGAAUGGGGGUGAUGACGUGUUUGGUAUUACGGACGGUAAGGAUCGGUUGAUUGAUGUCGCAGGGGAAUCAAUACUUGAAGUAGCUGCUAGUGAAAUUGGUUCUGUAGAUACUGGUUCAUCUAUGAGAAUAGUGAAUACUUACGAUAAUGUUGAUCGGUCAAUUUAUUCUAGUCCAGUAUCGCCGGCUACGGCCCAUAAACGUGUCACCGAAUGGAUUCGAAAAUCUCAAGGAGAUUUAAGUGCGACUAUUGACUAUUCAUCUUCACCUGAAUCUUCUGUAACUAAACAAACUAAUAAUAAAUCAGAAAGAUUCAAUUAUUGUGAUUUAAAACACCCCCUCAAUAAUUAUGUAAAUCCGAAUUACACUAGUAAAUUACAACAACAGUAUCCAGUAAAUACAAUGAAAAACAAUCGUAAAUAUUCAUUACCCAGCACAAUACAGCGGUCAGGAACACAAAUACAUUCUAGGACUUUAGGGCGUUUACCAAUAUCAAGAUCUGGUAAAGUGUGUAUGGAAAAACAAUCUACUGAACAACACAAUCAUCGCCGUUGUCAAACUCUACCACAUUAUCAUCAUAAUCGGUCAAAUCGUAUUGAUCCUCGUUACGGUUUUAAACGACCAUGUUGGUCUUCAGUGCCUUUAAUUAUUCAACUAAAUAAAACAUCUCAUGGUUUUGGAUUUAGUAUAGCUGAAUAUGAGGAACUACCUGUUACUGACUUAGAAGGCAAUACACUCCGUAAAGCUUGUUCACUUGAUAGAAGGAGUUCUAAUAUGAUUGAAUCUGAUCGUCGAUCAUUUCAUUCCUAUUAUUCUACCGGUUCUACCAUUGCAUCAUUAUCAUCGUUACCUGGUAAGAAUUCCAAAUCUUCCAGUAGAUUGAAACGAAGAUCCACGUGGUCUAGUCGCUCCAAAUCACACGGUAUCUUAUUAGUUGACAGUUUAACUCCAGGUGGUAUUGCACAGUUGGAUGGACGUAUAUCAAUCGGCGACAGGCUGUUAUUUGUUAAUGAUAAAAACUUAAUGAAAUCUAGUGUAUUUGAGGCCGCUACUACACUAAAGUCCCUUCCUAAUGGACCAUGUUUAAUUGGUAUUGCAAAAAUGCAGUUGGAAUCAAAUGAAACGGAUGACAUUCAUGAAAAAAGCCAACAACAAUUACUACUGCCAUACCCUGUUGUCUCUUCUAGACCUUCUGUGAUUGGCAUGUUUCCAGAUACUGGUGAAAUGAAAAAGAUCAGUGUUAAGUCUGAUCUAGCAUAUCCAUUACACGUAAACACUGGUGAUAGCACUAUCGAUAAUGACGAUAAUAAUACGAUAAUGAAUGGUCUCAAUGCAACUGGAACUGAAGAUUUGGCUUUAGAUUUUUACACACUACCAUUACUUUGUCCAAAUCCUCAACUACAUGCACCCGAUUUACAAUAUGUCACUCCAGUUGACCCAAAAUUAGAGAUAUCUGAGCGUUUGGAACGUGGAUCUUUACCGAUAGGUUUAAAGUUAGAUGCAUUAGCCUGUCAUGGACAAGAUGGUUGUCGUGUCGUGCAAGUUUUAGGUGGUGGGGCUGUAGCUCGUGAUCAAGUUCUUGUCACAAAUGAUUAUAUAACUAGUUUGAACGGUCUUUCUAUGCGUUAUUUAGACAAUUUAAAAGCAUUUGAAAUCUUACAUUCACUAUCGCAAAAUUCAGCUGUGAUUCACAUAACGUAUUUUCCUGCUUCUGUUAUUGAAUCUCAUCGAAUUAAAUGUUUAUCUAAAACAUUGAAUCAAACGAGUGAAAACUCUUUACAGAGAAGUUCUUUUCCAUAUUCGUCCAUUGUACAACCUAUAAAUUGGUCACCUCCGGUUGCAAUUGUACUUCAUCGUUUAGAUACUAGUCAACCCUGGGGUUUGGCUGUAUCUGGUUCUGAUAUUUGUUCAAAAUUGAAUUGUUCAGCACCAAUGAAUUUAGAAAAUCCAAGCAUUGUAUCCGAGAUAUUGCCUAAUAGCGUAGGAAAAAAUUGUAAAUUGCUUAGCCGUGGUCUAUUGAUCUUACAAAUUCAAGGUAUCGAUGUCUCCACCAAAGGUCCAAAUUAUGUCAAUGCUUAUCUGCAGUAUCUGUCGGAUCAGCCUGGUCUACGUGAAAUUCACAUAGUUGUGUGCCAUUUUAAUGAUGAUUGUACAAAACAUAUUAUUAAUGGUGAUGUUGCUGAGAUGUUUAAUCCAGGCAAUGAAGUUAAUAUUACCAAUUAUACUACUACUACUACUACUACUACCACUACUACUACUACUACUACUACUACUACUACUACUACUACUACUACUACUACUACUACUACUACUACUACUACUACUACUACUACUGACAAUAAUAAUAAUAAUAACAAUAACAAUAAUUUUACUGAUAAAAUGGAGUUAUCCAACUAUUUAAAUAUCUCCACACCUAUCAAUGGUCAACUAAUAUAUGAUCAUAUUGUCCACCCAGGGACAUCUCCAAGUUCCAGUGAUAUGGAAGAUCCUGAACCACUGACUGAUAUGGAGUCUCGUGAUGUGGUGGAUAUUUUAUCUCGAUCAGUGCCGUCGCCAGAUCCGAAUAAUUCUUCUGAUUCACAGCAUAAUACACAUAGGAAAACUACUCUAUGUCCACUAUCUCAACUUUCAUCGCCUAUUUUAAAAGAUGAGGAUAACGCUGUCAGUACUGAUGUUAUGUUUUCAACGUAUGAAAAAUGCGAUAAAAAAUCAAAACUACAAAAUGGCUGGGUUAGUGACAGUGUUUGUAGUUCUAGUUCUUCAUCAUUUCCUCCACCUCUACUACCUUCUAGACGAUUGUCUACAACAUCUAAAGAACAAGAGCCGACUGGUUAUUUAAAACCUAUGGUAGUUAAUGAUUCAAAUGUAAAUGAAUUAAAUUUCUAUGGUCCUGUGAAAUUGUACACACGUGAUAGCCAAGAUAAGAUACUCGUUAUUCAUCUACCAUUACUAAUUAAUUCUUCAUCAAACUACACCCAUAAUGUUAACGAAAAAACGGGAAAUUUGGGUUUGCAUCUUGUAAGCUGUUCUAAUCCCGAGAGUAUGGCUACAUUUGUUGCAAGCUGUCAAACGGAUUCUAGUGGCGGUCUUGAGUGUGGAGAUGAAAUUGUACAGGUUGAAGACGUCAAUGUCUGUGGGUUAGAUCAUAUCUCCGUUCAACAGAUUAUCCACUCAAAAAUUACCGAAUUAAUGUCGAAUAAGUAUUCAAUCAAUAACUCAAGUAAUAAUUAUUUUAUUGGUAAUGAUAAUAAUGGACAAGUGAGUGAUUCUGAUCAAUCAGUUAUCAAAUCUUUCAUUACACUAAUCAUAAGACGAAAUCCAAAAAAUUUGUCAUUAAUGUCAUUUUCACGGGAGUGCAAUGAUUCACCGUUGAGUGUAGAUAAUUUGACUGGUAGCACCUGUUCAAAAGUGUUAUCGUCAUCACCACCUAAUCCAUUACCAACUGGUUCAAAGCCAAUUCCACAUACAUUUCUAAAAGAGAUCAUGGUUGAAUUAAAUGAAGAUUUUUGGAAAUUUCAACUAUUCGACGUUAUAUUGGAGAGAGGUUCAGACGGUUUCGGUAUUUUCAUCGUUAAUUUGAGUCCAAACAAUGAACCUGGUGUAUUCGUCAGCGAAAUCCGUCCAAACAGCCCAGCACAACUACAAGGAGUUCUUAGACCUCAUGAUCGUAUACUAGCUAUUGAUGGUCAACUUCAAUGUGAUUAUGAAAGUACACUGGAAUUGUUGCAAAAAUCAAGAAAAUCUGUACGCCUAACCAUCGGUAGGCAAAUACCUUGUCACAGUGACUCACAACAAAUGCUACAAUUUGGAUAUGUAACUACAACAGGGGAUAAUCCAGACAAUGAUAUAAAGCAUCAUAAAUUAUCCAUUAUACCUGGGAUUCCUGCUACAGUUACUCUGUACAAGACUGACGGAGGUCUCGGAUUCUCGAUUGUCGGUGGAAGUGACACAGUUUUGAGUAACAUUUUGGUCCAUGAAGUGCACUCUGGUGGAGCUGCUGCACGUGAUGGUCGGCUUCAAGUUGGUGACCGCUUAUUAGCUGUCAAUGGGAUCGAUCUUCGUGAAGCUACCCAAAAAGAUGCCACAAAGAUUAUACGAACAGCUGAUGACUGUAUCCAAUUGGUUGUGUACAGAGAUCCUGAACCACAAUAUAUAAAUCAAGGUGUAUUCGAAUGUCAUAAUGUUCACUUGAAACGUGAUAUGCCUGGACAAAGUUUUGGUCUGUCAUUGAUUGGUCGACCUCAUUAUUCGACUGGUACAGCUAUUGGAGGCAUUGUAGAGAAUAGUCCAGCUGCUCGUUCAAAUCUUUUGGAAGUUGGUGAUAUAAUUUUAGAAAUUAAUGGUUGGGAUAUGCGUUUGGCUAAAUCAGAUGAAGUAGUCAAUUUAUUAAAGAAUGCACAUAGCGACGUGAAAUUAUUGAUUGGACGUUACAAAACUGGGCCAUCAAUGCAUGCCUAUCCUCGAAAUCGAUUAAAUGUCUAUGUGGUUGUACUUGAACGUCGUCAAUUUGGCUUUUGUAAUGAUCGUCCUCAGGCGGGAAAACCUUAUUCUAAUGAUCCUGAUAUCCUUGUUGAUUCUGUCUGUCAAAAAACUGAUGAAAAUGAAUUACACGAUUUAAAAUCAUCAACCAACUGUAUUACCGUAAACAGCGAUCAGAAGAUUAGUGGUGAUGACGGUAAUAAUAACAAUGAUGAAAUUGCUUCAGCUGCAUUUGGUUUGCGUAUUCGUUAUGCGAGUUCACAAGAAUUAUGGGACUCACACAUUCGACUAAUCGUAGAUAGUAUUCAACAUGACAGUCCAGCAGAUCGAUUAGGAAUGAUAAUGCCGGGUGAUCGCCUGUUAAGUAUAGAUCGUGAACCGGUAGAUUGGUUGAACCCAACCGAAGUGGUCCAGCUAUUAGCCAAUCUACUGUAUUGUACAAUUGAAUUAGGUCGUUUACCGUAUUUCAACGCACCAUUAUCUGCUAACAAUAAUGCUAUAUCAGAUAAGUGCUUUAAGCCUUCUCCACCACCGGUCACUUCUUCAUUAUCUCCAUCUCAUCGAAUUCAACAAGAUGAACAUGAUAUGUUCCCACCUUAUCCACCUCCGUCACUAGAACUACCGACAUUAUUUGGUGGUAUUAUGCCAUGUAUUGAAACACCAAGCUUUUUAAGAGAUAUGUGCACUUUGCCUGAACUACAAGAUGAAGAUGAUGAAAGUAAAAAUAAUAAAAUUAGAUUUGGACAUCGUGAGAAUGAUAAUCAUUAUCGGUUACCUGAAUCUACUUAUUGUGCAAUUAAUUCAAGCAAUCAACAAGACCAAAUUGAUUCAAUGUUGAAUAUGACACCUUUAAAUGAAGAAGAAAUUGAAAAGGCUUUAGAAUUAGCUGGAAGAGGCAGUGGAGGAUUUUUUGUACGACAGAUUUAUUUACCAGCUGCACCAGUUAAUACUAACACCAAUUCUAGUCAUAUAUCAAAUAUUCAUUUAGGUUUACGUUUAGUUAGUGGCCCGGGUGUUAGUGGACCAGUUGUUGUUCGUAUUGAGCCGAAUUCAUGUGCUUCUAGAACCGAUAUUCAGAUUGGUGAUCGUAUUCUGGGUCUAGAUGAUAAACUGUUACUUUCUUUACGUCAAGAUAAUCAUUCUGCUGAUGAUAUACUAUAUACAAUUGAAAAUGAUUGGAUUACACGUUCAAUAAAUUCUCAGUUGACUUACGAACAAAAUCCCUGUUGUUUAACAAUUAUUAGUUAUCAUAGUUUACCAUUGUUCAGUUCAUUUGGUAAACAAGAAAGUGAUGCUAAAAUUGAAGAAAAGAAUUCAAAUAAAAACCUAGAAAAUAAUGCACAACUUACUAUAUCUUUAACAAAUUUACAUCUAACCAAUGGUAAUACUUCUAAUUGUCAACAUAGCAUUAGUAGUAUUGAUAUGGGAAAUCCGAAAAAUCACAUGGUAUCUGAUACUACUACUCCUUUACCAUUCGAAUUCAAAUCACCCAUAGUGAGUAAAUUCCAACAAAAUGGAGGAGUUGGGCACCCUCAUUCAGAUGAGGAGCUACAUCCAAAUUCACCAUCAUUACAUAAUCACCGCUAUGAAUUGUCUCUUGAAUCAAGCGAUGAUGUCAUACAUCGCUUACCGAAUAAAAAUCUGUUUGUAGAUGAUGCGAUCCACGUGAUAUGCGAAAAUGCUAGUACUACUACCAACAAAAAUAAUGGACAACAUUCAUCAUGUGUUGAAUCGGUAUCAUCACUUUCAACACCGCCACCUGACGAUGAUGGCGUUAUGUGCAAUCGUCCAUUGAUGAAUAUAAAUCGUAAAUUUUCUAUUCAGAAUAAUCAACAUGUCUAUAAUAACAAUGGGAUUAUGAAUAACAAAGCAUGCCUUUAA